AUGUCCUCCCCAGCAAUGACACACUACGCCGCCGCGGCCUCAACCUUCGAGCCGCCUCUAAUCGCGCACAACAACCACUUCCUAGGCGACAUCUCGUCCUCAGACAAAGUCGACGCCGAGAAGCCCAUCAGCUGCGGCAUCUACCGCUUCGAGCCCGGCCACGAGCUCGUCUACACCUACACCUACCACGAGAUGAAGAUCAUCCUCGAAGGCGAGGGGACUCUGAAGGACGGCACGGGGAAGGAGGUUCAUGCAAAGGCAGGCGAUGUUUUCUAUUUUCCCAAGGGAGCGGUUAUUACCUUCAAGACCGACUCUCACUGCAAGGCGUUCUUCUGCGGACAGCGGAAAGAGGGCGGAGCUUAA